CGAUGGGCGCCCGAGGGGCCCCGAGCGGACACCGCGACGGGCGGCGCUGCCUCCCCGCCGAGCCGAGCGCCCGCCGCUGACCCGUCCGGCCCGGCCGGGCCUGGAGAGCUGUCAUGGAGGAGUUGGUAGAGGAUGACAUCUGUAUUUUGAACCAUGAAAAAGCAGACAACUCUCACAAGAGAGACAGUGAUAUUCCUGUUUCAUCGUAUAGUGGAGAUGAGUCUGUUGCCUCACACUUUGCACCUUGUCACUGCAUAUGAAGAUAUCAAGAACGACUAAAGGAGACAGAGAGGGAGAACUCCCUCUUAAAAAGCGUGAGAAUUCUAGAAGAGAAUCUGCUUGGCUCCCGGCGGGAAGAGGAAUGCAGUUCAGUUGGGCGUGAACAAGUAAAUAAGGCAUACCAAGCCUAUCGAGAGGCCUGCAUUGACAGAGAUAACUUGAAAAGCAAGCUGGAAAAAUGGUAAUGAUUUAAAUGCAUGGUGAAAGAAAGUGAGGAAUCCUUGAAAACCUUGAACGAACAGUUGCAGUCUAAAGAAGUAGAACUGUUACAACUGAAAACUGAAGUGGAAACGCAACAAGUGAUGAAAAGUUUGAAUUGUACUCAGGCCAACUGGGAAUUAGAGAAGCUGAACUGUGACCUUAAAGUUCAUAGUCUGGAACAGGAUCUAGAAAAACUCAAGGAAGAGUGCAACAGUCUCAGGAAGGAGUUGCAAAAAUCCAAGCAGAAGGACCAGGCUCAAGAUGAAAAUCCAUUGAGUGGAGACCACCUUCAAAGGCAAGGUAUCCAGAGUGUGCAACAAGCAUAUUGGGAACUGAAGAGAGAAAUGUCUAAUUUGCGCCGAGUGACUGAUGUGCAAGCCGAGGUUCUACGAAAACUGAAAAGGAAUCCAACAACAACCAAUAAAGCUACCCCUACUGCACCAGUACAAUGUGUUGAAUCGAACAUUUCAAAGCUGAAUUUGACAUCUGGGGUAGUCUAUAAAAACCUCUCACAAAACAAUAAAGACUUCUGCAACGCUGUGUCUCCCCCUCUGCUGAGAGAUGUCCACAUCCCAUCGGAAAGGGUGACUCUACAAGCAUGGGCAGCUGAGAGACCCAUUCCAGUUGAUGGCAAAACGUUUCAGGAACACCAUUCUUACGGAAAGAGCUCUCUGGAAGAUAAUUCCUGGGUAUUCCCAAGUCCUCCAAAGCCUAAUGAGAAUAUGUUUUGGGAAAUUAAAAAUAACCCAACUUUGUUAAACUGUCCUGCAGAUUACCUGGAUCAGUGUAAUCAAAACUGUCUGCACAAGAGUUAAACAAUUUUUGGAAUGAUUCUGAAUAGGCACCUUAACGCUUGAACUUUUUAAGACAGAAAAGAAAUUGCUUGACAUGUUCUUUCUUUAUUUUUAAUUCUAGUUCUGAAACAGAAGCCUAGUCUUCCUCUGCUGUUAAUCAGGAGUAAGUUCCUUGAUGUUAAAGCUGUGCUGGUAUAAUGCAAAAAUAAAGAAAUCUAGCACGGGGCCUAGAUAGUCUUGUACUGCAGAUGACAUACAUUUGCAAAAGGUUACACUGAAAAGUGAGUUGAUGGAAUAAAACAAAAUAAUUCAGUUCUGUAUUUGUUUGCUAUUUGUAUCUUACCAAGAAAUAUUUGGUAUCUGAUGUUAAAACUUGUACCAGCUCUAAGGUGACUUUUUGAUGGUGUCCUUUUUCAGAAGAAGAUAUACAAUGAAGAAUUGGCUUAUCUCUCCCUUCCUCCUUUCAAUUAACUUUCUGAUUCCUCUGGUUUUAGAAAUGCAUUUUUAUGUAAUCUUUAACCAAGAAAGGUGAGAUAUUUUUUUUUUUCCCAAAUCCUUGAUUUAUAUUAGAUUUGGCAAGAGAAAAAUCUUGGCUAUCUUGUUUAGAUUGCACCUUUUACGGUUUGAUUGUGAAUUCUAAAGGACCAUAAGUAAUGCUGCUGAACACUGUGAAUCCUGGAGGUUCAGCUUGUUCCUGCUGAAGGAAACUGUGCGCAGCGGUGCUGCCACAGAACCACCCUGCUCACAGUGCAGUUACUCAUAUUGUGCCUCCUUUGCACAGCACCAGAACCUUGACUCUUUAUUUGUAUGGUGGUGAUGGAUACUAACUUUUCUUUUGUGAAAGAAACAAAGCCUUAAUUUCAUCAGACUUGGUGGUGUCACACUGUUGAUAUACAUAAGAAGUAUUUUUGUGGUAUCUUUAGUAUGCCACCGAGAACUAGAGUUAUUAGAAUCUGCCUGCUUUAUAGAUUAUGGGUGUCUCUUAGUACUAUUUUUUUAACUCUUAAGGCCAUGAACUGUUUUUAGGCAAAUACAAUUUAUGCCUUUUUUUUUUUAAUUAUCUGCUUCAUAUCUGGCUUGAUACAACAGGGUUAAGUGAAAUGUCUUGACUGCUCCGAAGGUUGAAGAAAAAUGCUUUGUAAUUUAGAUCCGUGAUGCCUAACUUGUAAUGGGCAGGAAGAUAUUUAAUACUGAAUGGGCUAUUUACACUUGUGUGGGUGGGUGAAGUAUUUGACUUCACAGGUCCAGCUUCAGAUCAAAGUAAUAAAAAUUAAUUUCACAGCUGUUUAGUAGCAAAUUAUCUUAGAACUUCUUGCAAAUACAUGAGGAAGCUAUGACUGUAGCAUAGCUGUAGUAAUGAUGGGCUGUAAAAGUGUUACUGGGGUGCUGCAUGACCUGUGUGGUUCCAGACACUCUUCCCUGCACAGCAAGUAUGAAGCCCAUCUCCUUCUCUUUCAUUUUAUCUAUCAAAGUUGAAAGAAUGCCUUCCAGAUACUUUCUACUAUAGUAGCAAACAGCAUACAUAAAUAAUGUUUCCCAUUCACCAGAUACAGUUUUUCUUUCUAUUAUCUUGCUCACAUAUACAGGGUUGUCUGUGAUUAAUGGAAAUGGUGUCAGAUGCUGGAAUUUAUUCUGACCAAUGAACACAGCUGACUCAGGGGAGUACAGUCUCUUGGAAAGUAAUAGAACAAAACCCAAUAUGCAUAAAACAAAUCCAAGUCACUAGGCUUUAGCUGAUAAAACAACUACCUGUAUAACAAAGAAAACAUUUCUCAUGUGGCUGCAUAAGCUAUAUGGCUUACGUUUGGGGUUCCCCACCUCAAUAUUACAGAGGCGUUUUUUAUUAAGUACUGUAUUAUCAACAGACAUCAUAUUGAUUUGUGCAUUGGAGGAAUUUUAUUGUGUAAGAUUCCAAAAAUUUAUUUUUGUUUGAAAUUGUUUCACUUACAAAUCUCCUUUCGGUAUUUGGCACAAAAUUUUUACUUAAGUUUUAAUUCCUUGAUUGUGUACAAAUAUUCUCCAAAUACAAACAAUUAAAUUUGAGGUUCAUCCUUUUCAUUCAGAGGAAAAAAACCAACCAUCUGCUGUAGCCUGCUUCAGCAUAUUCUGGGAAAAGUAUUCUCUUGGAUGCUGAAACCUGAAAGACUUAGUUACCUAAGCUAUGAUGAGUUCAAAGUGGUUUGACUAUUUGUGUCAAAAGGUUCCUGAUCCCUGCCCUGUCUUCUGUGACAGGGGAACUUAAAAUUAAGCUUCUCUGUGCAGAGGCCUGAGAAUUUCUGGGCUUUGGCUUCACUCUUAGUUUAUAUUCUGUGCUGCUUCCCAUUCUGGAGAAGGAGCAGCAAUGUUUGCCAAGAGGGACUUCAGGAGAAUGCUGACACUGGAGAGAAGUGGGACUGAUGAGGGAGAGCUUGCUGUAGGCAGCAUUUCCAAUCCAAUCAUUCACUGCCAUGUCCAAGCUGUAAACAUUUGAAAAGGAAGUCCCCAGAUUUGGAGUCACCUGGGAGCUUGCUGGCUUGUGAAGCAUCUGUUGGUCCUAAGCUUAACAACAUAUUUGACUGAAGAUGGAAAAGUCAUUUAAAUCCAUGCCGCUAGUGGCUUACAGUGCUUUUUCCAUUUUCAGAAGUGAAAUCUUUUCAUCAGAGUGACAGCAGAUUACAUGCAGAAGUAGCUGUAGUAACAGCGUUCUGGUGUUUGUGCGCACAUGUGCUUGUGUUAUAUAAAACUGUAAAAUCGCACAUAGUAAGGACCAAAAUCCUCAAAUAAUUCUUAAAUGACACCAAGCAAAUUUUAACUUGAAUGCAAACUUUGAAUUUUAUACCUUACUUAACCCACCAAUGUGACAAUUUUUAAUUAAGAAAGCCCUAAUUCCAUUUAACAGAAAUGGAAGACAGCUUUUGGGGGCAGGAGGAGGUUGUUGCUUUGCACAUUUAAGCGAGCAUAUGGCAAGCUGAUGAAUAUGUAUUUGGAUAUUUGGGGAGUUGGAUGAACCUUCUAAUAACGUAUAUGUAAACUUGCACUGUUUGGUUAAUUUUAAAUAUUUUUAAAAAUUUGAACUUUAAGUUUCCCUGCCAGUUUUGUGGUUUAAAAACUGAUCAGUUUUCCUCUUAUGUGAACUAGCCAUGUUGAAGAAGCAAACUCCCAAUUAGCUGAGAUGCACUAUCCAAUUUUUACAGCUGGAAAAGACAAGAGCAGCACUAGACAUAUGGUGGAGUUACAGUAAUACAAUACCCAUUCCAAGUAAUGAAACACAGACCCACAUAAGUAUCAUAUGAACUGUACUGGUGAGAUAAAGCAGAUUGAACUUUAUUUCAAAACAACGUGCAGCAGACUUUGAGACUCCUACUACGCUGAGACACCUGUAGCUUUAAAUGAUGCUCUGGCCUGGUAAAGGAAGACUGAAAAGCUCCAGUACUUGACACCUGUAUUGUUGUCUAAUCUUCAGACAGGCCCUCUGAAGAACAGUAAUCACAGGGCAGUAAGAGCCUUGUGUAGUCUGAAUACAAAAGGGCACGUGGGGUUCUGAUAUGUUUUUUGCAUUCUUUUUUGGGUCCUGAGUGGUCAGGCUUUUUCCCCCCUUUUUUGGGGGCGAGCAGUGUGCUACUCGCAGUUGUAUGAACCUAAUACAGUGAAUGAAAGCUUUUCAUAUAACACCUUUUCCCUCCUUCCUUUCAGAUCUUGCAUUUGUAGGGAGCCCCCUCAGGAGUUUGAAGAGAGCUUUAAUACACUGAGAGGGUGCAGUCUCCAGUGAAAAUGGGGGUGUUUUGGGGGCUUGCCAAGUGCUACGAAGAGGCACAGACAAGCCCCUGUGCUGCAGAAAAGGCAACAGAUGCCGUGCUGUGCUGAGCAAGGGUGCUCAGUGACAAACCAGUCUUCCAGCUUUAAGACCUAAUUCCAUCAAUGCCAGUGAAUAGUGCCUUGUGGUUGGUUUUAAGCAGGCUGGGCACAUGGUUACAGGAGGUAAGCAUGGAGGCAGGCUUGUCGUAGGGCCACAGUGAAAGCCCUGUAGCUUUGCAAAAGCUUCAGUUGUAACAGGCAGUGUUAAAACUGGGGCUAUAAACACUUGGUGAUGCCACCUCCGUUUUUCAGAAGGUCACGUUAGAAAACAUUGGAUGCUUUUAUACAAACAUUAACUAUGAUGGGCGAGUGGCACUGCCAGGCUUCAGACCUUGGCUGACCUCCUCGAGUCAGUCUGUGCGUCUGAACUCCUGUAACCUUUCUGUAUAGAUAGGCUAACUUGAAAACACUGGAAGCACACCUAGAUUAAUUUCCCUAAUUGUCUACUCCUAUGCAGAAUGAUAAUGUAUAAGAAUCCUGCAGAAUUUAUUUCAUAAUGAAAAAAAAAAGAAAUAUCUAGUGACCAUUAAUGAGAGUUGCAAUCCCUGGCUUAGAUGGAGAUGGCUGCAUGCAGUACUGCAUGUCUGCACAAUGUCAGCUCCCUGCCUCAUCACCUAGGGCUGCUCUCUCUAGGUACAGGCAGUUACCAUGUUUGGUUUUGUUGGGAGGUGGAGGGGCUGAGGGGGGAAGACAGACAGGCUUCCAAAGUUGUAUCCUGUCAUCAUGACUAAGUAAGUGCUUUUUAAAAAAUAUUCAACAUGUAGCAAAAAACUUCCAGUUCCCUGCACACAGCUGAAGGCUUUGCCAAUACUACUGCUGUAUUCUUACUUUGUUUAGAAUCUAGGGCUGCCUCCUGCUAACUGAGUAGGAAGGAGAGUUUAUAGCUGAGACAGAAACAAAACCGAAAGGAAUUACUAGUAUGAGUUUGUCACUUCAUAGUACUCAUUCUUUCAUUUAACUUUAAUAAAAGAUGUAAAUGCAAUUAAAGUACAGGAUAUUGCACAAGACAGUAAGAAAGCGAAAGGUGUGAAAUCAAGAAUUCAAAACUAGGGAACAUCACAUUAAGGCCAUGGAUGUGUUACAGAGGAAGCUCAUGCCAGAGCCGAGGGCAAAUCCCAGCUCUGAGUGCAUCCCAGGCCAAACAAAGGAGGAGCUUGAAUAACCCAGUUCUUCCUUAUGCCCACAACAGUGUAGGUAAGGAAAAAUAAAUGGCUGACAGCACCAUCCAGUACACAGGAGUUCAGGCCUGAGCAUAGAGCUUAGUUAUCAGUGCAGAAGUGAGUUGUGGCUGUCGUUCACAUACAGCACGUCGAGGGUGGGGGACCAAUACCUGCAGGUUCCACCCUGGGCUUUGUUCCACUCCAGGCACGAAUUCCUCCCCUGCAGUACUGGUCACUGCACUGGGGUUCCCCCGCACUGGCUGAACAUAUUUUCUGAUAAGCCAGAAAAGGAGACCCCCAUUGCUGAUGCUGUGUCUGAUCACCAGCUGUGCUUGGAACCUGAGGAUGACCCAGGUGAGCCCUCAGUGCAGGCACAUACCACUGGCAGCACACAGCAUCGCCCCUAAGGGAAUGCUUGUUCCCACACAAAUCCUCUUUGGGAAGGCUUUUGACAACAGUUACAAAUACCCAGGCUGGAUUUCCAGAGGUUGAAAAUGUAGCAGAUUUUCAUAACGGCAUACCAGAACGGUCACUAUCUUUAAAAAUACAUUUUGCCAUCUACCUUAAGUUUACUCUUUUUUAAUACAUCAAAACAACUAAUUUUCCACUAACUGAUUAGGAAUAUUUUUUUUUUUCCAAAAUGCUUGAACUAAGGAGAAAAGAGCAAGUAUGCGUGUAGGACACUGUUCCACAUAUGCUAUCUUAAAGUGGUUUAGAGCUGAAUGCCACUUAAGUUUGCCUUACAAGGCAGAAUGCUACACAUGUCCUCAGUUUUUCAUUCACAAAUGUUCGCUAGUCUUCCGGCCACUCUGCUGAAGCAACAUUAUUACUGAUAAAAGGCACAGAAUAAAGGGCAAGGACUAACUUGCAGUGCUAAGACCUUCACACACAGAUGUCAAAGUCUGAUUUGAACUUCCUACUUGAAUAGCUUUAGAGCAAUAUUGUGUUUGUGGUGAAACUAUUAAAAUAAGUCAAAUCUUGCAUCUUCUGAUGGAGAAGUAUCAAAUCCUAUUACGUACUCUGAAGUUUUUUUUAUUUUUUUUUCAAACCAGGGCAUUAAAGUUACCAAGUGUACCCUUUCCCUACUUGUAAAGAAUUUGGUUUUAUUUCAGAAUGUUUCAAAGGAUACUCCAAGAUAGCCUGUAAAACUUUGAAUUACUAUCUCUAGUGAAGUCAUUUAUGCAUUUGAAAGUUCCACCAUUAAGCAGCUUCAAGUACCAAUCCACGAAAGAUCUUUUGUAAGCCCCUUUUUAAUCAGGGACUUCCUUUCACUUAGUUCCUGCAAGAAGUGACCUGCAUUUUACAUGCCUAGUUUAGUGGUUUACUCACCUAUACCUGCAAUAAUUUUGCAAGUGGGGUCACUUGCUCACUCUUGAAGUGUGGCAGCUUAUUCUGUGUUCUCCAAGAAAGUCUGAAUCAGAUUACUUUCUCCUCUAGAGUCAAAACGGUCAGUCUGGGCCACGCACAAACACAAGGCAUCCAUCCCUUCUGGCAACGUCAUUUAAAAAUGAGUCACAGUGUAGGCACAAGUACUACCAGGCUCUCAUAUGACUCAACAUUCUCAUGAAAAAGAUAGUUCACACUGGUCUGAGCAGCUCUUCUCUUCUGCAUUUGCAACCCUUCUCUUCUAGUAAGUGCAUCUCCAUACACAGUCAGCAUCAGGUGAUGACUAAUAGACCAGCUUCAAUGUAUACACAAUUUGUGAUCAGUUAAUACAAUUUAAGGGUGAAAAAUUUAAGUUUUUAUGUAGCCUAGCUCACAUAACUAGACACAAGCUUUAAAUUCCAAAUGGACAUUCUGGAUUUGUAAACUCCAACUUGCAAACUGGUAGCAAAAUCUCAAGUCCAGACAGAGGAACAGACCUUCGCACCUUCUCUCGCAAACUGCGACAGCAUGCUUGAGAUCUUUAACUACAAAAAAUUUAAAAAUUUAAUUUUAGAGAUUAUUUUAUUCUCCAUUCAUCUCAUCUUGUGUAUUUCAGUUAAACUCCACACAGGGGUACAGAUCAGGUACAGAUCAUUUAAGUCUGUUUAAAUCAAUUGAAACUCAAAGUUGUAUAUAAAAUAUGAGAAGUUCAUUUUAAGUUUUAAUUAUACAUUUGAAGUAACCUUCUGUCUUUUUUUCUUAAUUCCAGUUGCUCUGUAUUCUUCUCUUUGCUUCAAAUAUUCUGCUUUGCAUUCUUCAUAGAAUGAUGGAUCAGAAUAGCUGCAAGACAGAAAAAUACAUAAUAAUGGUUUUUGUCUUGGAAUAUGGAACAGAUACUGCACAUUAACACCCAAAGAAAACUUGUCUGCCUUCAAUAAUAAAAUACUUUUUUUUUAAAGUA